AGUGAGGUUUUAUUAUUCAAAAUAGCACGAAAGACGAUAACACGUGCCCCCUAAUAACACGUACCUCUCAAAUGGCUAAGCUUUUAAAACCAAUAACGCCAAGCGCUCAGCUGAGAUGCCAGCCUAACCGUCGAUCGAUCUAUUUCGGUGCACAAACAAACCGAAUAAAAUCAAUGCUUUAUUUAUGCGCGUGAGUUGCUUACUAGUUAUAGCGGACUUUGUUGAAUUUAAUGGCUAACAGACUAGAGCUAGCUGCUUGCGUUGAGAAGACAUCCAAGCUAAGCGCUGUGGCGGCGAACUGAGCGAAGCUGAGCUAGGUGUGUGCGCUGUUUUAUGGUCAUUUGCAAAUAUUUGGCCAAAGUUAAGUCCGCCUUGGAUUUGAUCAUAACCAAAACGAAUUAUUUGCCGCUGCUAGUCUGCUUUCGACCGCUGAUUAGGCAUAUUGCCCUUGCCAAUACGGAUCAACUAUUAUUUCCUACUUACUUCGGCGGUGUGUUUCGAAGUGUGUGUUUAGAAUAAAGCGGUGCACUUGUUCCUAAAUACAGGAUAGUAUUUACGGGUGGUAUAAAAUGGAUUUCGAUGCGUUGCUGGAGAAAUGUGGCAACUACGGUCGCUAUCAAUUUGUGUUGUUGCUCGUCUAUGGCUAUACGAAUAUAAUGUCCUCGAUGCAUUAUUUCGCUCAAACGAUCAUUAGCUUUACACCGGAGCAUUGGUGUAAUCACGAGCUGCUCGAGAAUCUCACAUACACGGAAAUACGCGAGAUUUACUCGCAAAUCGAGAAUCCCUCGUGUACACUGUUGGAUGACAUUGUAAAUGGCACGGCUGUGGCGUCGGAUUUUGGCGAAUGCGAAGAUUGGAUAUUCAAAUACGAAAAUGGCUAUGAGAGUGUGACCACCGACCUUAAAUGGGUUUGUGAUGAUGCGGUCAAGGGCGCCAUUGGACAAUCCUUCCUAUAUCUGGGCUCAGUUUUGGGCACCAUAUUGUUUGGUUUUCUGGCAGAUAAAAUCGGUCGCCUACCAACGAUGAUGUUGACCACAAUUACAGGUGCAGCGGGCGAUUUUAUAACCUCUUUUGUGACCACACCACAUGCCUUUGCGGCCAGUCGCUUCAUCUCAGGCCUGAGCAUCGACACUCUAUUCUAUAUGAGUUAUAUUAUGGUUUUCGAGUAUUUGGAUCCAAAAAAGCGCACCUUCGGCCUCAAUAUAAUGAUGGCGUUCUUCUAUUUCUUCGGUCUGGUUAUGUCACCCUGGUAUGCCAUAUGGGUGGGCAGUUGGCGUAAAUAUCUACUGAUCGCCUCACUGCCAGCACUCGUGGUGCUCAUAUAUCCGCUCUUCAUAGUCGAGAGCGCGCAGUGGUUGGCAACUAAAGGUGAUUACAAAGGCGCCGUGCGUUGCCUCAAACGUGUAGCGAAGUUCAAUAAGCGGGAAGUCGAGGAGGAGCACUUCGAUCAGUUCAUAUCACAUUAUGAGGAAAAAAUGGCGAGUGAGCAGAAGGAGAAGGAAGAGAAAGACACAUUCAUGGGUCUCUUUAGAACGCCGCGUUUGCGCAAAUUCACCAUUGUGCUCUUUAUCAAAUCCAUGAUCACAACGAUCUCCUACGACAUUAUCAGUCGCAACAUGGAGGGUUUCGGCUCCUCACCAUUCCUGCUUUUCUCACUCACAUCGAUCGUCUACAUACCGGCUGGCUUCACGAUCAUACUGCUGCAGAAUCGUAUUGGACGCAAAGGUCUGGCAUGUGGCUCGCUCUUUGUCGGCGCCAUACUCACCGCCAUAACGGGUGUACUGCUCGCUAUACUGGACCUGAAGGAAAAUGCGGCAUUUUUGGCCUGUAUGGUUGGUCUAGGCCGUUAUAUUGCGAUCGUUUCGUACGAAGCGGAGGCACAAUACGCCGCCGAAAUUGUGCCGACAAGCGUACGCGGCCGUGGCAUGGCGAAUAUUCAUGUCGUCGGCUAUGCCUUCAGUUUCCUCAGCGCGUAUGUAAUCUAUUUGAGCAACAUCUUCAAACCGCUGCCGUCGAUCGUCUUGGCAGUGUUGAUGUUGUGCGGCGCAGCGUUGUGUCUGAUGUUGCCAGAGACGCUGAAUCAAAAACUGCCGGAGACGCUGUUGGACGGCGAGCAUUUCUGCAGCGAUGAGAAAUGGUAUUACUUCCCGUGCAUAGGACGAAAGAAGAAGGACGAAGUGGAGGUGACGAAACUGUGAAGUGGCGGCCGACGUGGUGGCAUUACUCUAAGUUAGUAUAAGUUUAGGAAAUGGCACUUAAAUUCAAUGAAUUUACUCUUCAUGAGUUGGAGUGUGUGUUAUAUUAUAAUUACUAUUAUUUUCUUUCAUACUAUACAUAUUUAUGUAUAUAGAAACUUAGCCAUAAAAUAAAAACUCAUAAAUUAAAGUAAA